AGAGACUAUAAAAGCCUCCUAGCCCUUACGGGCUGCCUAGCCCCUUGCAAAGAUGGAGGUUGUAAGAUGGCUCAUGCCUUUGACUCUUUUAACUGCCUCAUGUUUGACAGAAGUGAAGUCGACUGAGGAUGAAGGCAAACCAAACUGCACCGCCAGUCUGGGAGGGGCCAAUCUGGCAGAGGACCACAAAGCCCUGAUCCUGCAACUUAAUCCCAGUGAGAACUGCACCUGGACAGUAGAAAGACCAGAGAACAAAAGCAUCAGAAUCAUCUUUUCCCACAUCCAGCUUGAUCCAGACGGAAGUUGUGAAAGUGAAAACAUUGAAGUCUUUGAUGGACCCUCUACCACCGGGACUCUGCUCGGGAAAGUCUGCAGUGAAAAUGACUUUGUCCCUGUAUUUGAAUCAUCACUCAAUACCUUGACGUUUCAAAUAGUCACCGACUCUGCAAUAAUUAAAAGAAGUGUCUUUAUCUUCUACUACUUCUUCUCACCUGGCAUCUCUAUUCCAAACUGUGGUGGUUACCUGGAUGCUUUGGAAGGAUCUUUUACCAGCCCCAAUUACCCAAAGCCACAUCCUGAGCUGGCUUAUUGUGUGUGGCACAUACAAGUGGAGAAAGGUUACAAGAUAAAAUUAAACUUCAAAGAGAUUUUCCUAGAAAUAGACGACCAAUGUAGAUUCGAUUUCGUUGCUGUCUAUGACGGAUCCUCUACCAGCUCUGGCCUGAUUGGAAAAGUCUGCGGCCGUGUGACACCCACCUUUGAGUCCUCCUCAGACUCUUUGACAGUUGUGUUAUCUACGGAUUAUGCCAAUUCCUAUCGUGGAUUUUCUGCUUCCUACACUUCAAUUUAUGCAGAAAACAUCAACACGACAUCUUUAACUUGCUCUUCUGACAAGAUGAGGGUUAUCAUAAGUAAUUCCUAUCUAGAGUCCUAUAACUAUAAUGGGAACGACUUACAACUAAACGACCCAACUUGCAGACCCAAAGUAUCCAAUGUUGUGGAGUUUUCUAUCCCUCUUGAUGGAUGUGGAACAAUCAAGAAGGUAGAAGAUCAGUCAAUUACCUACACCAAUAUAAUCACCUUUUUUGCAUCCCCAACUUCUGAAGUGAUCACCCGUCAGAAACAUCUCCAGAUUAUUGUGAAAUGUGAAAUGGAACACAAUUCCACUGUGGAGAUGAUGUACGUAACAGAAGAUGAUGUGAUACAAAAUCAAAAUGCACUCGGAAAAUAUAACACAACCAUGGCUCUUUUUGAAUCUAAUUCAUUUGAAAAGGCUCUCCUCGAGUCACCAUACUAUGUGGAUUUGAACCAGACUCUUUUUGUUCAAGUCAGUCUGCACACCUCAGAUCCAAAUCUGGUGGUUUUUCUCGAUACCUGUAGAGCCUCUCCCACUUCUGACUUCGCCUCUCCAACCUAUGACUUAAUCAAGAGUGGAUGUAGUCGUGACGAGACGUGUAAGGUGUACCCCCUAUUUGGGCACUAUGGAAGAUUCCAGUUUAAUUCUUUUAAAUUCUUGAGAAGUCUGAGCUCCGUGUAUCUGCAGUGUAAAGUUUUGAUAUGUGACAGUGGUGACCACCAGUCUCGCUGCAAUCAAGGCUGUGUCUCCAGAAGAAAACGAGACAUUUCUUCAUACAAGUGGAAGACUGAUUCCAUCAUAGGACCCAUUCGUCUGAAAAGGGAUCGAAGUGCAAGUGGUAAUUCAGAGUUUCAGCCUCAAACACACACAGGAGAAACUCAGAGGCAGCCCUUCAACAGUCUGCACCUGUUUUCGUUCCUGGUUCUAGCUCUGAAUGUGGUGAUUGUGGUCACCGUCACAGUGAGGCAUUUUGUAAAUCAGCGGGCCGGCUACAAAUACCAGAAGCUGCAGGACCAUUAACUAAUGGGCGCGCCCUAAGCGGGACACAUUUCUCCUGGAUGCCAGAGGAAGUGGCACCUCAUGGCUACGGACAUUAAGAAUUA